GUCUGGCACAGGGAGCGGUCCGGAGCGCUUCCCGCGCCGCUCGCAGCCCGGCGGGCGGGGGAAGGGGAGGAGGCGGGGGCGGUGCCGGCCGCCGCUGUGUGUGUGUGUGUGUGUGCUGCGCCUGCCGCUCCCGCUGCUCGCCGGUCACACCGCCGCCGCCCGCCGGAGCCGCGCCAUGCACGGCUCGCCGUGCUCGGAGAUGGGAGAUGCGUCCGCGGUUGACAUCGUGGACAUCUACGAGUCUAUCCGUGAAAGGCAGCGUCAUGACAGUGAAAGGUCUACCUGCAGCACCUUGGAGCAGAACGACAUUGAAGCUGUUGAAGCGCUUGUUUGUAUGAGCUCCUGGGGUCAAAGAUCACAGAAAGGUGACAUAUUAAAGAUAAGACCACUCACACCCUUCUCGGAUUCUGGUGAUUUCACAAUGCACGCUGAGGCUGUGUCUGAAUUACCAAAGGACUAUUUAUCUACACUGUGCAUGACCCCUCCGCACAGCCCUGACUUUGCUGAGAUAUCAGCUGCUAUGCUCCUCUCCUCACAAGUCACUUACUCCAAACCAAGGACUGUUAUGGCGAACACAGCUUCCUGCUCAAUCACAUCAACGACCGGUGCCUCUCCUAUAACCAAGCCAUCUGUUAUCAACGUGGAGCAACAGUGCACUCAGAAGCCAGUGAUAUCUGAAUCCUUUGCCCCUCAGCCUUGCAGGGCCAUGGCAACAAGCGUGAUACGACACACGGGUGAUAGUUCUGCUUACCAUCACAUUCCUGCUGUGCAAGAGAAAACAAAGGUAACUUCAGGCUACAGGACUUCCAGAGACUGGUGUGGAGCGGAUGACCGAAGACAUUCCAGACUGCCACAGGACACGUGUGCUGCAGAUGAUUUAAUUAACAAAACCUCUCCGGUACAUCAACCUUAUGCACGUGAUCCCAGUGAUAGUGUGACCAAUAAAGGACAACUACCAGUCCAGCCAGUUUCACCGCAGACCCACUUACCAAAGAAUUGUGAGAAUGACUUGCAAAAAGUUGCUCCCCCAGUGACACCUGCCCCCGUUUCAAGUCCCCAGGUUCUCUGUCAAAUGAUCCCUUUAAAUGGACAAAGCAGUAUGAUCAAUGCCUAUGUCAAGACUUCCACUCCAACAGCCUCAACUCCUAUGAAACCUAUUUUACCGCAGACAGCCCCGCUCUCUCAGCCCGUACUCAUGGGACCUUCUGUGCCUCAGGGGACCGUCAUGUUGGUUCUUCCACAGACUGCUGUCACGCAGACACCACAGUGCCCACAAACAGUAAUGACUGUUGGGAACACCAAGUUACUGCCCCUUGCUCCUGCUCCUGUGUUCAUCACUUCUGGUCAAAGCUGUGCUCCCCAGAUGGACUUUUCUAGACGGAGGAAUUAUGUUUGCAACUUCCCUGGGUGCAAGAAAACCUAUUUCAAAAGUUCCCACCUCAAAGCCCACCUUCGCACCCACACUGGAGAAAAGCCUUUCAGCUGCAGCUGGGAUGGCUGUGACAAGAAGUUUGCCCGCUCAGAUGAACUGUCACGCCACCGUAGAACUCACACAGGAGAGAAGAAGUUUGCUUGUCCUGUGUGUGAGCGUCGCUUCAUGCGCAGCGAUCACUUGACAAAGCACACCCGCCGCCAUAUGACCACAAAGAAGAUCCCCAGCUGGCAGACAGAGGUUGGGAAACUCAACAGAAUCGCCACAGCAGAGAAACCGAAAACCAGCGGUGCUCUCAGUAUGCUUAUCCCCAUGCCAUCGUCUGUCUGUCAGGGCUAGUGAGAGAAAGAUCCUUCUCUAAAAACCUUCUGAAAAUCAGGAAGAGCUCUGGCUACAACAGAACUGACAAUGGUUUUUUUCUCCCCAUGUUUGUGCAUACUUUAGUUUCCUUUAGGUCCUCUGUUAAUAAUGCCAUGUGAGAAAACUAUUAUAUCUUGCCUUGUCCCUUCCCUAUUUGUUUUUUCAAUACUUGGGCAAAUGCAAUCACCAGCACUUCAGGAAAGCAGAACUCUUUGGAAAUGAUUUUGGCAAUAGGUUAAAAAAGUCACUUUUAAUGCUUGCUGUUAAUAUUUCGAUGGACAGUAAAACAGGGUGAUUUUUAAAUUUUAUACUAGUAUUUUCUAUACCAAAUAUAUUUUGUAUUUAUUCAUUUUGGUCUUGUUAUGCAGGCAGAUUACUUGACCUGCAUUAGUAGGGGUGUGCAGAAUGAGACCCAGAGUUUUGGAAACUCCUUUUCAGUAAACCUAAAGAAUUGCAUUCAAUGCAUUUUGUAAACAUAUAAUAUUUGAUAACUCUUAGUGGUUGGGAUUUUCACACUUGCAGAUCCUGACCUUGCAAUGGGCUGGUGCUGUUACACCCUCCUUAGGCAGGUGACAUUGGGGGUUUGAGAUCAAAGUGUGCCAUCCUUUUUAAAACAACCCAAAGCAGAAUGACGUUCUUUCAGAAAAGAAGUGUUGAAAUCCUCAACAUUUUAUAAGUUCAUACCCUUUGCAAGUGGAAGCUGUUGUGACUCUUGGUAGAAGUUUGGCAUACUGGCCAUUCCUGAGUCCACACUUCACUGGAGCAAAAUUUGGAGGAUCCAGAUUGCUCUGAUGGAGGUAGAAGCACAAACACUGUUUAGAAGCUUUGACACUAAAAAUUAUGCUUUACUUUCAGUCUUACUAAACCAGCAUAUCAAAAUCUACAGAAAAACGCAAAAAGGGCAAGGGUCUCUAUAAUUUUUUUUUUUAGUACAGGAGAAAUAGAAAGUUAAGGGGUUAUUUUAUGUAUUGUGGAUGCUUGUGCACCUUAUAGGAAAUUGUUCAAGGCUUUCAUUUACCGGUGUCAAAGAACCAGAGUAAGUACUAAUCAUGUCUAGACUUAAGAAAUAGCCACCGUGUCAACUUGAUGAUGCUCUUCAUGUGGCCUUAUACUUCUCCACAGUACUUUGUAUAAAAUCACCCUUUCUAUUAAAUGAGAUACUCUCCCUGUUGAAUGGAUUUUCUUUUACACCAAGUGUAAAUAUAGCUAAGAAGUGAACUCACUGGCUGCAGGAGUGCUGUGUUGUGAUGGCAUGGUAUGAGUAAUAAAACGAGAUGCCUGGAGCACAACUGGACUGCUCUGUUUCCGUGGUGCGGAAGAAUGCGCAUACGUAUUGUAGCAGAGCUGACAGUAGAGCUGUUGUGCUGUGAAGCACCAGGUGGUGUGCUGGAAGACAGCUCGCUUGCCCAAUGAAAUGGUUCUGUGGUGUUUAUUCCCUCUGGACUCUUCUCCCUUCAGCCACUCCUACACCAAAGCUUAGUUGAGUACUAAGGAGGGCUAUUUUUUCUGGAUGUGUAAAAUGUGAGUAACUAGGAAUGCGCUAUCUCUUGCACUGUUGGGUUAUCCUAAAAAACUGGUCUUUCUUCUUGGUGUGGGCAAAGCACAGUUCUCAUCUGUGUGAGGAAGACUUGCUGAUCUCAGCUAGCACUCCCCUGAAAUCAGCAGAAACCUGUUACAGUUGAAAGCAGACUGUCAUUGUUUUUCACACUUAAGCCUAUAGUUAUAAAUAACGGUAACGCGUUUUCAAUCUGCACUAAAUUGGAGUCUUGUGCUAAGUGUACUGAAGUUUUCGUGCCUGACCUUUGAAAUGUCCAUACCCCCUUCUCUGGACAGCCGCUGUGCCCCCCGUCCUCAGCAUAUGUGCUGCUGAGUGUGCGCAGACCUCGCUUUGUGCUCUGUGGAGGGCUCGGCUAAAUUACCCUUCCUGGUAAAGCGGGUGCUUGUGGUGUUGCUGUUCUCUGUCGAUACCCAGUUUUCCAAAUUUGUGUGGUGAAGAGAAGUUGCUGCUGCUUUUUUUUUUCCCCCAGAAAUCCCUUAUAACAAGCAGUUUGACUUUUGGAUGCCAUUUUAGCAUGCUUUUAACCAGGGGAAGACUGUUCUGUCUCAGUCCAGUAGCCAGUUUAGUAUUUAAUUUAUUUUUUCAGACUUAUCAUUUAUGGUAUUCACCUGAGCAAGACAGUUUGGAAACCUGUGUUACAAUUUAGUAAAUUGUCAUGUUAGUCUGUUGUGUAACAGGAGGGAAAUGAUGGACUGGAGAAACCUGAAAUUUAAAAAAGUGUGUCCUGCAUGUGUGUCACGAUGUGGAAAAGUGACGGCUCCCUCUUUGGGUUUAGCUGGCCUGCGAUUCCUGCGAGGUGUGUGCAGGAAUCAGCGCCUGUGACCAGGACGUGCGGCUCUCGCUGCUGCGGAUGUGCGUGACCCGCUGGGCCGCGGCCUGGCUGCCUCUGCUCUUUCUGUUCCUGCUGCCUGAGGGUUUGUUACGGAUGAAGCAUGACUGGGUAGCUGCUCUCUUUGCACUUUACUGCCUGAACGCUAUUGUUCAGUCGUUUAUUUUAAAUAAAUGGAAUCACAUUUUUGUACCUGUUUUUAACUUUUAUGAAAUAAAAAGUAUGUAAUGUGACUGGUUUUAAAUAGUAAAAAAAUGUGAAUUUUCA